CUCCGGUCCGUCUCACCCAGUCUUCUCCCUCCGCCCCCAAUGCGGGGAGGGGCCUGCACCGAGUCGAAGAACCGCCGAGGCCCAACGGUCCCUCUGACACACUUAUUGGUCGCCAGGGCCGCGGUGACGCAGAUAAGACGCUGGCCAAUGAGAGCGAGGCUGGCGUCGCGGGCGCGCGCACGGGCGACGGCGGCGCGCCCGCUCGCUCGCUCGGGGGGCCGGGGAGCUAUGGCGGUUGCCGGGGUAGGCUCCCUCAGCAGUGUGGUGGGCGGCGGCAGCGGCGGCGGCGGCGGAGCCAGUGGCUCGGGCGCCGGGCACGACUCGGGGGACUUCCUGGCCCGCUACCGGCUGGUGUCCAACAAGCUGCGGAAGCGCUUCCUGCGCAAGCCCAACGUGUCGGAGGCCGGCGAGCAGUUCGGGCAGCUGGGCAAAGAGUUGCGGGCCCAGGACUGCCUGCCGUACGCCGCCUGGUGUCAGCUGGCCGUGGCACGCUGCCACCAGACGCUCUUCCACGGGCCCGGCGAGGCGCUGGCCCUCACCGAAGCGGCCCGCCUCUUCCUGCGGCAGGAGCGCGAGGCCCGCCUGCGCCUGGCCUGCGCCGCCGCCUACGGCGAGCCCCUGCAGGCGGCCGCCAGCUGCUUCGCCUUCGCCGUGCGCCUGCACCUGGAGCUGGGCCAGCCAGCCGCGGCCGCCAGUCUGUGCCUGGAGCUGGCCGGCACCCUGCGCGCCCUGCAGCAGCCGGGCCCGGCCGCCGUGCAUUUCGAGCGCGCGGCCGAGCUGCAGCUGCCGCUGCUGCCGCUGGAGGCGCUGCUGGCGCUCGGCGACGCCGCCUCCUGCAAGCUGCUGACGCGGGACUACGACGGCGCCUUGGAGCUCUUCACCCGCAUGCAGCUCCUGGCUCGGGAGCGAGCAGCUGGGGGCGGCGGCGGGGCUGGGCCCGCUGGGGCUGGGGCCGCCGGGGGCGCCCCCGCGGCCAGGCCUGGCGGGCCCGGCCCUCCGGGCGCCUUUCUGGACGUGCUGGUCCAAUGUGAGGUGUCCCGCGUGCUGCUGCUGCUGCUCCUGCAGCCCCCGCCCCCCAAGCUGCUGCCCGAGCACGCCCAGACCCUGGAGAAGUACUGCUGGGAGGCCUUCGACGGCCACUGCCAGGACGCUGCCGGCUGCCCCCCGCUGCCCGAGGAGCUCUUCCUGCUGCUGCAGUCCCUGGUUAUGGCCACCCACGAGAAGGACCUGGACGCCAUGAAAGUGCUGCAGGGCGAGCUCUGGCCGCUGCUCAACGCCGAUCAGAACCACCUGCUGCACCUGAUCCUGCAGGAGAUGAGCGCCCCUUCCGGCCAGGGCAUCUGAUGGCAAGGGCAUCCCUCCGGCCCGCCACCCCCCACCCCCACCCCCACCCACUCCGACCCCGGGCUCGGCUCACACCCCGCCCCCAGUGGCCCAAGGACGAGCAAUUCGUCACCUAUUCCCCGCCCCCACCGGUCAGCGUUGAGAAGACCAAAGGAGACCUCUCUGAACCCCCUCCCCCGCCCCCAUUGCCCCAUAGUUAGCUCUGCUUUUCAGUCAGGUAAUAAGAAGGAGCUGAAGGGUGAGCCACUCCAAGUGUCCAUCGCAUUUGAACCCUUCACACUCUGGAACUCAUUUCAGUGCCAGCCCAGUAGGCCUGGUGAGGACUUGGACCCCGCGUUGCUUCCCAUCCCCAGAAUUCCUUCCUUCCUCCAUUCUUCUCCAAGAUCUGAUUUUGGACUUGUCGCCUCUUCCCAAGGAGCUCGUUCAUCCUUAUCUGACUUCCCGUGGACUCCCUCCCUCCCUCCCUCGCCUUUGCUUCAGCCCGUUGCCGUUCUUUGUGAUCAUCUGCUGGAGUCUUACUUAGCCUUUUCUUUGCUGCUGGAGAGUCCCUUGUAACCCCCACUUUGGUGUUUUUAACUCGUUAGCUUGGGUCCUAACUAAUUACACGGUAGUGCUUUGGUCUCGACGAUGGCAGUAAUAAAUCACCCCCUUCCUUGCCUGGAUGUUGUCUCGGGAGGCCCCCUCAGGAUUUGGCUGAUGCACGUCCCCCUCCCCCUAGGCUCCGUGUGUAGUAGCUUGUUAGUUUCUAACCCCUAGCCCUGUGCAGGCCAAAUCUUAGUAUUUCCAAAAGGGUACCUUUCUGAAGUUAACUUAUUACAUUUAACCACAUCUGUGACGUUGUAGUAUUUAUGUAUCUGCAAGUUAGUAUGCAUUAAAAGUUACUUUUCAAAACUCAA